UAAAUGUUUCUGUUAUGUCAGUGAGACAGCUUCAGCAACAAACUUCAUUUCUCCAACAAUUAAGCAAAAAUCUUACCAAUACAAUUUCAGUGUUGCCAUCAGAAGCAGCAAUCCAAAUAUUAGGGCUGAUUGUCGCCAUAUUGGUAAUUGGUAAGUUUUCAAAAGGAUUGUUUCUAUGUCGAAUUGAUUGACUAUCACUCCAAAGCAAAGUUCAUAAAGGAUCGAUAUUUGAAUUUAAAAUAAAAAAAGGAAAUACAUAAGAAGAACAAUAGAUUCCGGUAGUCAAUUUUUCAUACAGCUGUUGCGUCUGGCCGUCUCAACACGGAUUGAACCUUUUCCUUUCGUCUGACCAGAACCAGUCCAUCUUGUCGUUCAUUCUUUAGAUUUGAUACUUUUUCAUUUCUUCAUUCUUCAAUACUUUCACUUCUGAUGAUAUAAAUCUUCAACUUUUUCUUCCGGUACUUGUUAAGUCAUGGUCCUAAAGAACCAACCUCAGUUUAUUGUCAAUAGUAGUUAAAAAACUAUUCCGUAGUAUAUCCAAUUCCUAAUGAGGCCUUCCUUCAAAACAAAUAUUCAUUUUUGUUUACAUUACCAUAUAACACACUCGAACGAUAGGCAACGAAAAAGUAUAAUUCAACAGUCACACAAAAUUUGGGCCAAACCAAUUUUGCGUGAGAUUGACAAGCUCUUGCAACCAUUCUUCUUCACAACAAAACACGAAAAGGCAAUUAAAAUGUCUGCCUCUGAACUCGCUACCAGUUACGCCGCUCUCAUUUUGGCCGACGAGGGAAUUGAAAUCACCUCUGACAAGCUUUUGGCUUUGACCAAGGCUGGUAAUGUUGAAGUUGAACCCAUCUGGGCUAGCAUCUUUGCUAAGGCUCUUGAAGGCAAGGACCUUAAGGAACUCCUUUUGAACAUUGGCUCUGGUGCCGCUGCUGGCCCUGUUGCUGCUGGUGCCCCUGCUGCCGCUGGCGAAGCUCCUGCUGAAGAAAAGAAGGAGGAACCCAAGGUUGAGGAAGAAUCUGACGAAGACAUGGGCUUCGGUUUGUUCGACUAAACGCAAAAUAUAUGAUUUUUUUAGUCUUGUAUUAAUUUAAGCACUUUUCUUUUUUAGCCAUACUGAGUUUUCCUAUGUUCGUUUGAUCUCCUGUAGUACUCUUGUUAAAUAUCUUUCCUGUCACCAAAACGUAGUUCAUUUUCAGCUUUCACGGGCUUUAGUUUCACUAUAUUGGAUAUAUCAUUUAAUUCAGUCGUUUUCAUCAUCAC